AUGUCGGCGCAAAAAGGAAAUGGGAGGAAGAAGGCCUCUCCGGCUGUCAAUCUGAUUGCUGGUGGUGGUGCUGGUAUGAUGGAAGCCCUUAUUUGCCACCCUUUAGAUACCGUCAAGGUUCGCAUGCAGUUAUCACGGAGAGCUCGUGCGCCUGGUACUAAACCCCGUGGUUUCAUUGCCACUGGUACUGAGAUUGUGCGCAAAGAGACCGCAAUGGGUUUAUACAAGGGUUUGGGUGCUGUGCUGGGAGGUAUCAUUCCCAAAAUGGCCAUUCGAUUUACCUCGUUUGAGUCGUACAAGGGCAUGUUGGCCGAUAAAGAAACCGGCAAUGUCACCAGCAAAGCCACUUUCCUCGCUGGUCUCGCGGCUGGUGUGACUGAGGCCGUGGCCGUCGUAAACCCAAUGGAAGUCAUCAAGAUUCGCUUGCAGGCGCAACAUCACAGUCUGGCCGAUCCCCUCGAUACCCCCAAAUAUCGUAGCGCCCCUCACGCCUUGUUUACCGUUAUCCGGGAAGAAGGUUUCAGCACCUUAUAUCGCGGUGUUUCUCUCACAGCCCUGCGCCAGGGAACCAAUCAAGCCGCCAACUUCACUGCAUACAGCGAGCUAAAGUCCGCUCUCCAGCGCUGGCAACCCCAGUACAGUGAUUCUCAGCUUCCCGCGUACCAGACCACCUUCAUCGGUCUCAUUUCUGGUGCGAUGGGUCCCUUCUCAAACGCCCCCAUCGACACCAUCAAGACUCGUCUCCAGAAGAGCCGAGCUGAGCCGGGUCAGUCUGCUAUCUCUCGUAUUAUGGUUAUUGCCAAGGACAUGUUCAAGCAGGAGGGUGCUCAAGCAUUUUACAAGGGCAUCACCCCUCGUGUAAUGCGUGUUGCUCCGGGUCAGGCUGUGACUUUCACUGUAUAUGAGUUCCUCAGGGGUAAGUUGGAAAGUUCCAACUGGGCCUUUGUGGGUGGCUCAUUCGAUGAGUAA